AUGUAUUUUAGUAUGAGGAUAUAUAUAUUUCAGCUUGAUAUGCUAGAUCACAGUAUUCUCUCAGAGGAAUUGCGAUGCCAAACAACCGCACUAAAUUACUACCAUGGGAACUUUUUGUAUAAGCAUUUGCAGAAAUCAAGCUGUGGUAUCACUGAAGCAAGUAUGCAAAACAAAAAGUCUAGAGAUGAUGAAAUCAAUGAGGCUCAUUAUGAUAAAGAAUUCCCUGUAACCAAUAAAGAACGUUUAUUUAAUUUUCUCAAUUUAAGUUUUACUAAAAGCCUAACACCACACUUUGUGGUUGAAGUAGUAUCAGAAGAACCCUACUGA